AACAGCAGCCACAAGUCAGACAGCAACAGAUCCCCGUGUGUGAGCAUCAGGUAGCUCCAUAUACGGGUUGGAGAGGCACUUCACAGCCCCUCUGGCACUUUAUCUAAAGGGCGCACAGAGGGGCAGUGCCAUGCACACUCCUGACAGUGCGCUGCUCCUGAGCGGAGAGAACCAGUCUGUGGUUUUCAGUCUCACUAAUGACCUGACGAUGGGAACGUCUGGGAACAACACCGUCCACCCGAACGGAUCUGAUCCGUUUGGGAGAAACGAGGAGGUGGCUAAGUUCGAGAUAAUGGUCCUGAGCAUCACCUUCGUGGUGGCUGUGAUCGGGAAUGUGAGCGUCCUGUUGGCGAUGCACAACACCAAGAAGAAGAUGUCGCGGAUGCACCUCUUCAUCAAACACCUCAGCCUGGCUGAUCUGGUGGUCGCCUUCUUCCAGGUGCUGCCGCAGCUCUGCUGGGAAAUCACCUACCGCUUCUACGGUCCAGACUUUCUGUGUAGGAUAGUGAAGCACCUCCAGGUGAUGGGGAUGUUUGCGUCCACUUACAUGAUGGUGAUGAUGACCCUGGAUCGUUACAUCGCUAUCUGCCACCCUCUGAAAACCCUCCAGCAGUCCACCCAGCGCUCAUACAUCAUGAUCAUCUCCACGUGGAUGUGCAGCCUGGUGCUCAGCACCCCACAAUACUUCAUCUUCUCCCUGAGCGAGAUCGAGAACGGCUCGGACGUCUACGAUUGCUGGGCGCACUUCAUCGAGCCCUGGGGCGCCAAGGCGUACAUCACCUGGAUAACCGUGGGCAUCUUCCUCGUGCCCGUUGUCAUUCUCAUGAUGUGCUACGGGUUCAUCUGCCACACUAUAUGGAAAAAUAUCAAAUUCAAGAAAAGGAAAACGAUGUCUGGGGCUGCGAGCAAGAAUGGAUUGAUUGGAAAGAAUUCAGUCAGCAGCGUCACAACUAUAUCAAGAGCCAAACUGAGAACCGUUAAAAUGACUUUCGUGAUAGUUCUGGCGUACAUUAUCUGCUGGGCCCCGUUUUUCAUCGUGCAGAUGCGGUCUGUGUGGGAUGAAAACUUCCAGUGGGCUGAUUCUGUGGACACAGCAGUGACUCUGUCUGCACUCCUUGCCAGUCUCAACAGCUGCUGUAACCCUUGGAUAUACAUGAUCUUCAGCGGUCACCUCCUCCAGGAUUUUGUGCACUGCUUCUCCUGCUGCCACAAAGUGAACACUGACUUCAAGAAAGAGGACUCAGACAGCAGCCUCCGCAGGACGACGCUGCUGACUAAGAUAUCAAAUCGGAGCCCAACAGGCAGCACUGGCAACUGGAGAGAGCUGGACAAUUCCCCCAAGUUCUCCGUUCAGGCAGAGUGAACGCAUGUCUGGCAGUGGCAUUGAGAUACACAUUAAAUGCCAGCUCAUAUUAACUUUGGACAAGACUGAUAAAAUGUCCCCCAAGCUUAAAAAUUAAAGAGAAAGUUAACCCUUUUGCUUGAAACACAUGAAACAGUGAAGAGAUAUUAAAUGAUAUUAAAAUUUGCCACAAAAACACAAAAUAUGGACACAUUAACUGUGGAUCUUUGGCUGGAUUCUAUGUGCAUACAUGUUUUUUUAACAAAACUUGAGCAAGAAUGUUAGAGAAGCAUCAUAAUCUGGAAUAUAAUCGUAAUUUGUUUUUAAAAAGCAAGCAUUAGUCAAGUUCUUUAGACUUCCAAUGUGAUUUCUUUACCAGUGCUUUUAAGAAUCUGGAAUCCAGAUGCUUUUACUGGUGUUUGUGUGUCCCUGCAGGGCUGCCAAACACCCUUUCCUGUCAGAGUGUUUUUAAUGAUAAAACUUACUUAUAGCAGCCAGGGGCUCCAGCAGUCCAUUCAUCUCUAAGUAACCAAGCGCCUUGUCCUUUGUGUUCAGCUUUCCAUUGUGCUGUUUUGCUUAGAAUCACAUUUUAGUGACUUAUGUAAGUCGGACUGAAAUAUUUCCUUUGACCUAACACACAAAAAGUAAAAUAACAGAAGAAAAGAAAGAAAGCAAUCAUAAAUGUGGGGUACAUUUAUCAUUUUGGUCCUUGCGUGUAUCCACAUUUUUAUAAUUUGCUCAAGGUGUUGUUUCAUGCAGCAGCUGGCGGUCCUUUAUGAGGUUCACCUAAUACCGGCUGCCAUUUCUUCUCAGCAGAGGUAAAUGGGAUCCCUUUCAGAACAGAGGCAUAUUCACCUACACACACACAUACGCACACACACAAGCGAGGUGCUUUGAUGAAGAGAGGCUGACCGCUGCUGCAGGAGUCUACCUUCCCACAGGCUGUUCCCAAAACGUUGUGGAGAAGCUCUCACAUUCCACACAGAACACGUCAACACUCUUCCUGAUUUUUUUCCUGACAUCCUGCACCAUUGGGGGCUUUGUGUUUUGGCUUCAUUUGCACUCAAUACAAAAACAAUUUCCUGCACGCCACCAUAAUGGCUGUCAGACCACAAUGGGAAGCCUCAAAAGAACAUACAUAUUGUAUUAACAUCGUGUAUAUUGUAUCAAGAUUGUAUAUAUGCGAGCGUUCAAAAGUUUGAGGUCACUUAGAAGCGUCCUUAUUUUUGAAAGAAAGGCAUUUUUCAAUGGAGAUAACAUUAAAUUAAUCAGAAAUACAGUCUAGACAUUGUUAAUGUGGUAAAUGACUAUUCUAGCUGGAAUUGGCUGAUUUUUAAUGGAAUAUCUCCAUAGGGGUACAGAGGAACAUUUCCAGCAACCAUCACUCCUGUGUUCUAAUGCUACAUUGUGUUAGCUAAUGGUGUUGAAAGGCUAACUGAGGAUUAGAAAACCCUUGUGCAAUUAUGUUAGCAAACGAAUAAAAGUGCAAGUUUUACAUGAAAAACAUGAAAUUGUCUGGGUGACCCCAAACUUUUGAACAGUAGUGUCUAAAUUGUGUAUAUGUAUAUGUAGCCUAUGUGUACUGUGUACCUCUAUAUGUACAUUUCUCUCCAAGUGUAUAGUGUAUUUGUGCAUAAAAGGCACUUAAAUAUCUGUAAAUACAAGUAUUAUAUGUAAAUUUGUUCAAUAUGAGUUUUAUUUGUCUGUAAUGGCUUGUGCACAUUGAAAAUAAUCUGAAUAUUGUAUAAAUAUACGCUUAAAUGCACAUAUUGAUGUAAAUAUUACACAGACUGUGUCCCGUGUUUUCAAAAUCAAGACAUGGAACAUUUCAUUGUUUAUGUUGUGCAACCACAGCAAUGUGCAUGUGUGGAUUUUUGCUGGAAAUUGAGCAACUGGUGAACUUACAUGUUGAGCCAAUCCAAGCACUUCCAACCUGCCAAGCUUUGGGAUUAUGCAACACUAUGACCUUUCAAUUGAAUACAGUGUGAAUGGUACAUUCCGCUAAUGGGAGACUUCUUCUCGACAAGCUGUCCAUCCCCAAAGACCUCAAAAUAUAUUACCAGGUAAAACUUCUCAUAACGUAAAUGUCCCAAUACAGUUGUUAGCAAGUUGUGCAAUAAAGUCGUAAAUCAUUA